AUGCGCACGCCCUCCGAUGCAAACAAUGUUGUUCCGCAUCCCCAUUCCCCAUACCCCAGGGACAACCUAGAUGCUGACCUGGCGCAAUUCCGCCGCAGCGACUGGACCAUCCAGCAGUUUGCAGAGUUUGUGCUGCGCUUCAACAAGACGGGCGAGGGGAACGCAGCGCUGGUUGUGGUGCGCGGCGGCGCGGUCAAGGUCAUCUGGCUGCGCGGCAGAGACAACCACUGGAGGAUGGCGUGCAUUGAGGCGGCGAUCAACGGCGCCAAGUCGCUGCGGUUCCCUGACAGCGCUUUCAUCGUGAACAUCGACGACUUCCCAAUCUGCACCCAGGGGCUGUGCCCGCUGCCCGUGUUCACGAUGUAUAAGAAGUGGCACCCCAAGAAGGGCAACAUAGACACCAAUGAGGUCCUGAUGCCGGUGUUCAACCACCACUACGAGGACCUGUACAGCUUCCCCUGGGACCGCAAGCGACCCAAGGCGUUCAUGCGCGCCAGCCAGCAGGGCUGCAUGGAGCCCAACAGCACGCGGGCGGUGCUGGCGGUGCUGUCGGAGGACCACCCUGAGGACCUCGAUCUGGGCAUCACCCGCAUUGACGGCGCACAGAAGCACCACCUAAAGUACCGCUUCAGCAAGGCGGGCUUUGUCGGCAUAGAGGACCAUGCAAAGUGGAAGUAUCUUGUCAGCGCGGACGGCUGCGUGGCCCAGACGCGGCUGGCCAAGGUGAUGGUGUCCAACAGUGUGGUGCUCAAGGAGGAGAGCGACUGGAUAGAGUUCUACUACAGGUCCCUCCGGCCCUGGAAGCACUACGUGCCGCUGACCCAUGGGGAGGGCGUGGCGCGGGAGAUCCUGGGGCUGGUGCGGCGCCUGCAGCGCGACGACCGCCGGGCGCGGCAGAUCGCGGAGACGGCCCAGAAGUGGGCCUACAGGUACCUUCCCAACUACCCGCGCCUGCUGUACUUCCGGAAGACGCUGGUCGAAUACAACGCCCUGUUCAAGGGCCGGAUGGAGGCGUGGUGCCGCGGGGCCGCGGUGGGCGUCUUCCGGCCGCGCCGACCCCUGGCGCGCGCCAGCGGCGACUGGUCUGCAUCGCGGGGCGCCCCUUGA